AUAAAAACUUAUAAACUUUUCUCUCAUCUUCUUAAAUCCUGAUAAUUUAAAUAUGAUUUUCCACUUUGUUUCACCACUUCUUCUCCUUACUAAAUAAUUGAGGUACCUAAUAUAAAUUCUCUUUCCUUUCCUUUAUUUUCCUAUUCCUCAAUGGAAGAAACUUCAAAUGUCUAAUACAGUCGACUAUAGACUCCGAAGUUUUGUCUAUCUCCUCAGUUUAAAAAACUUUUGUACAGGUCAUUUUUCUUUCCCUGACCUUAUCAUCCGCAACUUCUCUUUUUAAAUGGUGAGCAGCUUUGCAAUUACCCAUUUUAAACUUAUUUUACACAUUUUCCAUUGCUUGUCCUCUUUGCCUUCUCCCCCUUUGAUACUCUUCCUGUCUCCUCGCCAUCUUCUUGUAUCCUUGUCAGUGAGAGCUGUUAACGCAGGCACUUUGAGGAAAUCUGGUGUCCUCCUGGGAGGAUUGAGAUAGGCGUUGGCCCACCUGGGGAAAAUUCAGUUGUCGUUUGCAGGUUAAGGUAGUCAGAGGCCCACCGGGGGAUGAUAAUGUUAGCUCCAGAAGUUUUUGGGAAUGAUAGGGUUAAUGCGUAGAAUGUGUAUGGAAGUCGUUAGUCCUUCAGGGUUGAGAGAAUCUAAGGUCCACCUUGGAAUAAUAACAUUAGCGCUGAUAGGGUGAGGCAGCCGUAGAUCCACCUGUCAAAAUUAGUUAUCAUUGACAGGGUGAGGCAGAUGGAGACUACCUUGCAAGUGACAACUGAGGAGGGAAUAAUAGUGUUAGCACUAGAUAUUUCAGAUAGUCGGAGGCAUACCUGGGAAUAAUAUUGCUAUGAGAGGGUGAGGUAGUCGGAGGCUCACCUGGGAAUAAUGAUGUUAGCACAGGCAUGAUGGGGCAGUAGAGCAGCCCACUUGGAAAUAAAAAUAGCAAUAAUGGUCAUCGGUGGAACACGGUUGGUGGGGCGCUGUCUCGGGGACCCUGGUGAAUAAGCAAUGAAAAAGAUGCGUACGCAGGCAAAGAGUGGCCGGUGGGCCAUGGGGGGAAGGGGUGCCACCUUAAUGCCUCCAGUAGUGUGCUGGAUUUGUCCACCCUCCCCCCUCGUCCUGGGUCUCCCCCACCCAUUUCUAACACAUGCCCUCCAUGUUAGGUCCUUCCCUCCCUCCCACUCUUCCCACCUCACCCCCUCUCUCCUUGUCUACUAACCCCCCCCUUCCUUUCCCCUCCCAUUGGUCGAAGUCAUGGCGUGUUUAGUUAGUGUAGCGUUGAACACCCAGGUGAGUGUACCUCAGUGCCUGUCUCCGUCCUGCUCUAUACUACACUGCACACUAAGUCAGGCAACCACAGCUUCUGCACUCGUAACUCUACCUGCAGCAGCCUUCAACACUUACAACACUUCUUGAUGAUAACUUCGACAUUCACAACACUACCUGCUGCUGCCUUCAAUACCCAAGCCACUACCCGAUGCUAACCUCUACACUCUUGAUAGUGUAGCAGCCCUCAACACUCAACACUACCUCAUGGCAACCUCGACACUCAUAACACUAUACUACCUGCAGCAGCCUUCAACGCUUACAACACUACCUGAUGCUUCAAUCAACACUACCAGUCGUUUCCCUCAAUACCUUCAGCACCCCUGUCAUUACUUCGUGUUACCAGAAGUACAGCGAACACUGUCGAACGCUCACUUUGUGCCUCUGAAGGUGACAUGGAUAUUACCAAUCUUCAUUGAACGUCUUUACUGAACCUUCCUCAGAGUCCUUACUUGAGUGAGGGUGGAGGAUCUUGGCCUCUGUGUACCGAGCACGUCCACAGUAUCCUCAGACUAGUGUUGGAAUUACAUGUAUGUUCAGUAAAUUGCGGGCCAUUUAAUGAUUCAUGGUAAAGUAACCCUUUCCUUUCCCCUUCUGAUCCUCUUUGACAUCAUAGAACGCCCCUUCUCCCCCUGCUACUCACUCCUACGCCUGUAAUAAAACGCCACUAGUGACGUACUAUUAAUUCCGGGUAUUCUUUGUGCUAUUUUGUUGCAAAGAUUAGCGUAUAGCGUGAGGGGGGGGGGGCCGUGGGUCAGGGUGCUCCAUAGCGUGUCCCACACUUGCCCUGCCUGACUACCUGGCCUCCGGAAGGGUGCGAGAGGGUCCCCUUGGAGGGUCUCCUUGAAGGGGCCCCAGCACCCCCUCCCCUCACACGCUUCUUGUGCUAGUAUGUAGUGUAGUGUUGCCAUCGCUUCCGUCCACCGUGCUAUUGAUCGACGGUGCUUUCAAAUGGCUGUUGUGAACAUUUUAUUGUGAGACCCCCCAACCCUCCCUCUCUCCCCCCCCACACACAUCAACGGCUGUGCUAACAUAAUAUUUCUGUUGAGUUGCAGGUUCUACCCCUCCCCCAUUUUCGGUGGAGUGAGCCACGAAGGAACAUCUGAGACAGUGUUUGAGAGUGAACAGUAACUGUUAAGUGCAGCAUGUGGCACUGGUGUGUGUAAUUUAGUGCAGGUGUUAGUGGCCGUGCGAGGGAGCAAUGGCCAUGCGGAGGUCGCCAUGUACCAUCGGCGGAGCAGCAGCCUGACGGGCAGUGCCAAGGUGUCUGAAAACCCGGUGUCCGCCGCCCAGGCCAGGCCCAGGCCCCGUCCGCCCCAGAGGGCCUCGAGUCUCGACGUGGGAGACCAUGGCGUGGCCGGCGGUGGCAGCCUCGAUGAGGGAGAAGCCUCACGGCGGGGGCGACCGGAAAAUUUGGCACAGGCCGCCAUAUCGGCGGCUCACAGCGCCUAUGAAGUCCUGGAAAACCGCAGCGAGGCCAUCUUCCAGCGAUUCGACCACUCGAUGGACGAGCUGGAGAAUGGCCCGCUGGUGCAGACGGCGAAGGCGACUGUCCAGCGAGCCGCCAUCGUCAUUGAGAAGCCAGUGGGGAAGAUAAAGCAGAGUCGCUUCGUGGAAGAGGUGAGCGGCGUCAUCACUGAGAUCGAGAACACUGAAGUAGUGCAGGCGGCAAAGGGCAGGGCCCGCCAGGCCUACAUGUACGUUGAACCCAUCAGCGAGAAGAUCCUGAGUCGUGUAGGGAGCCUUGACGCAGACGACGAGGAAGUACAGUUCGUGAUUCCCCCCUCGAUGCAGAGGUCUUCAGGCAGGACUGUAGACGCCACGGCCAAGUGUAGACCUAUAUCAAGGCUGUACGAGCAAGAUAGUAAACUAAUUAAGAUAGACCCUACUCAGUAUGUUGCUAUACAAGAGGAAGUUCCUGAAAUUCAUGUGUCGGGUGAAGAUGGAAGGUGUUCCGUCCUCUCUCAAGGUAGUGAUAAUUUGCUCAAGGUCAAAGCUCCUGACCAAAUCAGUAUAGUGUCUGCCACUGAUUCAGAGAGACAAUACGAGAUCGUUCGUCCUUAUAAACUGUAUCGGACUCCUCCUCUUUCACCUCCGAGACAUAAAGAACACAGACAUUCCUUGCAAGUGAAAUUGUUUAAUAGUGGUGUGAAAACUUCCCUCGUAGACGAGAACUCUGAAAAGCGUAGGUUACUAGACGAUAAAUCAGAGUCGUGUCACUGUAGUAAUGGCUCGAGGUCGGUUCGCUUUUCUGACGACGACCCGACGUCAGGAGCGGGGAGCAAGACGGAGAGCAGCUUGGUUCCUAACACGGCGGAUAAGCAAACUUCUGCCACCUUGGGGGUCAAGAGGAUGGUGGAUGUAUGUGAGAGAAGACCGGCACUGAAGGACUCCAAGUCUCCUCAGGCGAUAGACAAGAGGAACUCAAUGCUAGACGAGUGUGGAGAGGACGAACCUUUAGUCCCCAUAGAGUGCGUGCAAGGCUCCAGCAUCGCUAAGAUCAGAGAGAAGAUGCGAGAAUUCAACUACAACAUCGUCUGCAUCAACGGCAAGACUUUCUAUGUGCCUAAGUCCGUCGUGAAGGAGCCGGAGGGAAAGGAAGUGUAUGGAGGAGCCUCGGCUUUCUUCGAGUCUUCUGAGACCAUAGACUGGAAAACUGUUAAAGACGCUAGCGGCCAUGACCCGCCGGUCAAGGAACGGCCGCGGUGGAUGCAGCGGCUGGCCACGGGGGUGGAGAACUUUCUCAGCAACGCGCACGACCCCUGGCUUUCUGAGGCUGACCGGGACCCGCUGGCGUGCGACUUGUGCUGCGGAUGCUUCGACACUACUUUUGGCUGGGACAAGAAGAAGGGGCCGAAGUUCCCCCUGCAGCAGAAGAACGAGACAUUCUGUGUGGUGUCGAAACGUUUCCGGAAGAACUACGUCCACCGCUUCUCCGCUUCGAAGUCUCUCUUCCUCUUCUCGCCGUGGCACCCACUUCGACGUGCUGCCAUCUUCCUCUCUACCAACCAAUUCUUCGAUUACCUGGUCAUGGCUACGAUCCUCCUAAACUGCGUCUUCCUUGCCAUGACGGAAACCGUACCCGAAGCCGAGUACAUGUUUCUGGCCAUCUACUCGGCCGAGAUGAUGAUCAAGACCGUGGCCAAGGGCUUCAUCCUCAACAAGUACACUUACUUGCGCAACCCGUGGAACUGGCUCGACUUCGUGGUCAUCGCCUCGGGUUAUGUGACGCUGGUCAUUGAACUGGGUGACAUGGAUGUGCAGUUGGGCAACCUGGCCGGUCUCAGGACCUUCAGAGUGCUCAGGGCGCUCAAAACGGUCUCUAUCAUGCCCGGCCUGAAGACUAUCAUCAACGCCCUGCUCAACAGCAUCAAGCAACUGGUGGAGGUGAUGACGCUCACAGUGUUCUGUCUGAUGGUGUUCGCGCUGUUCGCCCUACAGGUGUACAUGGGCGUUCUCAAGAACAAGUGCGUCAAGAACAUGGGUCACAACCUGACCAACGAGGAGUGGCGGAGGUGAGUAAGACCAGUCUGUCA